ACACUUUAUGAAAUAUGACUCAUUUCAGAAGAUUACGUGAAUCAGAGUUGGUGCAAAAACCGUGGAGUAGAUCUUCACCUAUGAGACAAAUUUCAACACGUUGCAGCGAAAUAAAAAAUAAGCUAUACGGUCAUCAUAAUGAUCAUUCAUACGCCAAAGAUGUACUGACAAUGGAACGUGUUAAUGAUGAUUGCCUGGCUGAGAUAUUCAUGUAUCUUCCAGUAUGUGAAAGACCAAAAAUUGCAUUGGUAUGCAAACAAUGGAAAAGAGCCCUUGAUUAUUCUUGGUCUAAUGUCAAAAAACUUGAACUAACUCAUUGGGAAUAUGACGAGUAUCCACAUUUUUUAAAAAGAAUUUAUCCAACGAUCGAUCGACAAUUCCGUUUUUUAAAAUCACUCCUUUUUAAAUGUGGUCGUUAUUUAACAAAGUUAGACUUGGCAGCAUAUAGCCAUUGUAACAUUGUACCAGUUAUCAAUGAAUCUUGUCCAAAUCUCUUAGAACUUCGAAUAAGAAUUGAAUAUAUUGACGAUGCAAUAUUAGAUAAUGCAUUUACACGUCUUUUGAAACUAAAAGUAUUGAAAAUUAUAUUUCAAUGUUUUAAAACGCUCGAUACAUCUAUACCUGUUACUUUGAUCAAGUCAUUGUUAAACGUUGCUGAUACAUUGACUGAACUGAAUUUGUCAAAUUGGUCUGGAUGCAUGGAGGACAAUACUAAUUUUCCAGAAGAAACCACUAGUGUGGUUUCUCAACUGAAGGUCUUGGAAACGUUGCACAUUGGUGGAAUAAAUUUUCCUCAAAGUUUAAUCGGCUUAAUUUUGACAAAUUCUCAAAUAAAAGUCAGUCUUGACGAGUAUAAAUAUCGUCAAAAUAAAUUAACUUCCCAAGAAAUAUAUAAGCGGGUCGAGAAAUUAAAUAUUAACAAUUCCCGAGUUACUGAUGAUUUUUUAUAUAAUGUUGCCAAUGUCAUGAGGGAAUUACAAACACUACUAAUAUAUAGUACUUUGAUAACCGAUGCUGGUAUAGUAGCAAUUUCGAAGAUGACUUAUUUAAGAAACCUUGAUUGUCUCGGGUUUAAUAACGUCACUGACUCAUCAAUUAAAUUGCUCAAAAAUAUGGUAUUAUUGAUCUUACCAUACAGCAAUAAAAUUACAGAUGAAUCAGCCAUAAAAGUUCUUGAAAAUUCACCAGAGUUGAGAUAUAUUGGCGUUGAAAACACAGGUGUAACUUCUGAAUUUAUCAAGAAAGCAGAAGAAAUAUCAAGAAAUCGUAAACAAAAAUUGAGAGUCGACAUGUCAUGUGAAGAUAGCAUAAUGUCUAACAAACAUAUUGAAUAUGAAUAUUUAAGAGUAAAUUAUCAAAAAAGAGAAACAAGAAAACAAAAAGUAGAUAAUUCGUAA